AUGAAACGGCCAUAUAAAUUCACCCCAGCCAAUCAGACACAACAGCGCUUCAACUUGAAUUUCAACUCGGAGGCCAACAAAGUUUCCUCCAAAAUGUCUCUUCUACAAAUUGUUCUUCUUGCUGUAUUCAUGACUGAAGCAACAUCAUUCCUUGGUUGCGGAAUGGCUGUUGGCUUCGGUUGUGGCUUUGGUGGAAUGGGAAUGUAUGGCGGAUACGGUGGAUUCGGAUUCCCCGGCUAUAUGGGCUACGGCGGCUACGGUCUAGGAAUGCCCAUGAUGGGCAUGGGUUACGGUGCAUACGGUAUGGGAUACGGUUACGGCUACGGAUACGGUGGCUAUGGAUUCGGUGGAUGCUGUGGAAAGAAGUAA